GGCGUCGAGCCUGCGGCAGGAGGGAGCCCCGGGGCUGCACAGGCUGGGCUCGGGGAGGCAGACCCGAGCUGCUGCCUCCAUUUUGUUUCCUGCUCAGCUUGGUCUGUGGUGGUGUGGUGUGGGUUUGGGGUGCGGCCGGGUAGGGGGUUCACCUGCGGCCGCGCCUGCUCGGGGCCUGAGGCCUCGAAGACCCCAACCCAAGCCCCCAGGUUGAUGCCGGCCCAGGAUGGAUCAGACCUGUGAACUACCUAGAAGAAAUUGUCUGCUGCCCUUUUCCAAUCCAGUGAAUUUAGAUGCCCCAGAAGACAAGGACAACCCUUUCGGUAAUGGUCAAUCCAAUUUUUCUGAGCCACUUAAUGGGUGUACUAUGCAGUUAUCGACUGCCAGUGGAACAUCCCAAAAUGCUUAUGGACAAGAUUCUCCAUCUUGUUACAUUCCACUGCGGAGACUACAGGAUUUGGCCUCCAUGAUCAAUGUAGAGUAUUUAAAUGGGUCUGCUGAUGGAUCAGAAUCCUUUCAAGACCCUGAAAAAAGUGAUUCAAGAGCUCAGUCGCCAGUUGUUUGCACUUCCUUGAGUCCUGGUGGUCCUACAGCACUUGCUAUGAAACAGGAACCCUCUUGUAAUAACUCCCCUGAACUCCAGGUAAAAGUAACAAAGACUAUCAAGAAUGGCUUUCUGCACUUUGAGAAUUUUACUUGUGUGGACGAUACAGAUGUAGAUUCUGAAAUGGACCCAGAACAGCCAGUCACAGAGGAUGAGAGUAUAGAGGAGAUCUAUGAGGAAACUCAGACCAAUGCCACCUGCAAUUAUGAGCCUAAAUCAGAGAAUGGUGUAAAAAUGGCCAUGGGAAGUGAACAAGACAGCACACCAGAGAGUAGACACGGUGCAGUCAAAUCGCCAUUCUUGCCGUUAGCUCCUCAAACUGAAACACAGAAAAAUAAGCAAAGAAGUGAAGUGGACGGCAGCAGUGAAAAAGCAGCCCUUCUCCCAACCCCUUUUUCACUAGGAGAUACAAACAUUACCAUAGAAGAGCAAUUAAACUCAAUAAAUUUAUCUUUUCAGGAUGAUCCAGACUCCAGUACCAGUACAUUAGGAAACAUGCUAGAAUUACCUGGAACUUCAUCAUCAUCUACUUCACAGGAAUUGCCAUUUUGUCAACCCAAGAAAAAGUCUACGCCACUGAAGUAUGAAGUUGGAGAUCUCAUCUGGGCAAAAUUCAAGAGACGCCCAUGGUGGCCCUGCAGGAUUUGUUCUGAUCCACUGAUUAACACACACUCAAAAAUGAAAGUUUCCAACCGGAGACCCUAUCGGCAGUACUACGUGGAGGCUUUUGGAGACCCUUCUGAGAAAGCCUGGGUGGCUGGAAAAGCAAUCGUCAUGUUUGAAGGCAGACAUCAAUUUGAAGAGCUACCUGUCCUUAGGAGAAGAGGAAAACAGAAAGAAAAAGGAUAUAGGCAUAAGGUUCCUCAGAAAAUUUUGAGUAAAUGGGAAGCCAGUGUUGGUCUUGCUGAACAGUAUGAUGUUCCCAAAGGGUCAAAAAACCGAAAAUGUGUUACCAGUUCAAUCAAGUUGGACAGCGAGGAAGAUAUGCCAUUCGAGGACUGUACAAAUGAUCCUGAAUCAGAACAUGACAUAUUGCUUAAUGGCUGCUUGAAAUCUCUGGCUUUUGAUUCUGAACAUUCUGCAGAUGAGAAGGAAAAGCCUUGUGCUAAGUCUCGAGCCAGAAAGAGCUCUGAUAAUCCAAAAAGGACUAGUGUGAAAAAGGGCCUCGUGCAAUUUGAAGCACAUAAGGAAGAACGGGGGGGAAAGAUUUCAGAGAACCUUGGCUUAAACUUUAUUUCUGGGGAUGUAUCUGAUAAGCAGGCCUCUAAUGAACUUUCCAGGAUAGCAAGCAGCCUCACAGGGUCCAGCACUGCUCCAGGAGGUUUUCUCUUUUCUUCUUGUGGAAAAAACACCGCAAAGAAAGAAUUUGAGACUUCAAAUUGUGAUUCUUUACUGGGCUUGCCUGAGGGUGCCUUGAUCUCGAAACAUUCUGGGGAGAAGAAGAAACCCCAACGAGGCCUGGUAUGCAGUUCCAAAGUGCAGCUCUGCUAUAUUGGAGCAGGUGAUGAGGAAAAGCGAAGUGAUUCCAUUAGUAUCUGUACCACUUCUGAUGAUGGAAGCAGUGAUUUGGAUCCCAUAGAACACAGCUCAGAGUCUGAUAAUAGUGUCCUUGAAAUUACAGAUGCCUUUGAUAGGAAAGAAAACAUGUUAUCUAUGCAGAAAAAUGAAAAGAUAAAGUAUUCUAGGUAUCCUGCCACAAACUCUAGGGUAAAAACAAAACAGAAGUCUCUCAUUGCUAAUUCACAUACAGACCACUUAGUGGAUUGUACUAAGACAGCAGAGCCCAGAACUGAGACAUCUGCAAUUAAUCUCUCUGAUCUUACAGUGUCCACUCUUAUCCAUAAAUCGCAGUCAGAUUUCAGAAAUGAUGGUCUUCCUCCAAAAUUCAACAUGUCAUCAAGCAUUUCCAGUGAGAACUCCCUAAUGAAAGGUGGAACAACAAAUCAAGCUCUACUACAUUUGAAAAGCAAACAGCCCAAGUUUCGAAAUAUGAAGUACAAACAUAAAGAAAACCCAGUUAUAGUAGAACCCCCAGUUACAAAUGAGGACUGCAGUUUGAAAUACUGCUCUUCUGAUGCGAAAAGCUCUCCUUUGGCCAGCAUGUCUAAGAGUGGAAAAGUAGAUGGCUUAAAACUACUGAACAACAUGCAUGAGAAAACCAGGGAUUCAAGUGACAUAGAAACAGCGGUGGUGAAACAUGUUUUGUCAGAGUUAAAGGAACUCUCUUACAGAUCCUUAGGUGAGGAUGUAAGUGACUCUGGAACAUCAAAGCCAACAAAACCAUUACUUUUCUCUUCUGCUUCUAGUCAGAAUCAUUUACCUAUAGAACCAGACUACAAAUUCAGUACCUUGCUAAUGAUGUUGAAAGAUAUGCAUGAUAGUAAGACCAAGGAACAGCGGUUGAUGACGGCUCCCAACUUGGUCUCUUAUCGGAGUCCUAGUCGUGGGGACUGUUCUACCAGUAGUCCUGUAGGGGCUUCUAAGGUUUUGGUUUCAGGAGGCUCCACUCACAAGUCAGAAAAAAAUGGAGAUGGCACUCAGGACUCAGCCAAUCCUAGUCCUAGUAGGGGUGAUGGUGCACUGUCUGGGGAAUUGUCUGCAUCCCUACCUGGCUUCGUGUCUGACAGAAGAGAUCUUCCUGUUUCUGGCAAAAGUCGUUCAAACUGUGUUACUAGGCGCAACUGUGGACGAUCAAAGCCAUCAUCCAAAUUGCGAGAUGCUUUUUCAGCUCAAAUGGGAAAGAAUACAGUGAACCGAAAAGCCUUAAAGACAGAGCGCAGAAGAAAACUGAGCCGGCUUCCAGCUGUGUCUCUGGAGCCUGCACUGCAAGGAGACAGAGAAAGUGGAGAUUCACUGAGAGGUGGUAUAGAAGGCGCUGGCAAAGAGGAGCCCCUUCAGUUAGUGGGCCACUUAACAAGUGAAGGUGCUGCUGAUCUUUCUGACGUUCAUUUCCAUAACAAGGUUAAACAGCCUGACCCUGACACAAUUCCCAAAAAAGGCCCUGGUUUGGAAAACAGAAAAGGCCAAGAGCUGGACUCUGAACUGAACAGUGAGAAUGAUGAACACAGUGGUGUAAAUCAAGCGGUGCCUAAAAAGCGGUGGCAGCGUUUAAACCAAAGGCGUGCUAAACCUCGUAAGCGCACUAACAGAUUUAGGGAGAAAGAAAACUCUGAGGGUGCCUUUGGGAUCUUGCUUCCUAGUGACCCUGUACAGGAGAGGCGGGAUGAAUUUCUAGAGCAUAGAACUCCUCCUUCAACAAAUAUACCAGAGGAUGCACAAACAGAUCCGAAUCGUGCUGGCCACUUAGAUUCAGUUGGGUCACAGUUGAAUAUUUGUGAUAAAUCCAGUACCAGCCUUGGGGACAUGGAAAAGGAGCCAGGAAUUCCCAGUUUAACACCACAGGCUGAGCUCCCUGAACCAGCUGUGCGGUCAGAGAAGAAACGCCUUAGGAAGCCAAGCAAGUGGCUUCUGGAAUAUACAGAAGAAUAUGAUCAGAUAUUUGCUCCCAAGAAAAAACAAAAGAAGGUACAGGAGCAGGUGCACAAGGUAAGUUCCCGCUGCGAAGAGGAAAGCCUUCUAGCCAGAUGUCGAACUAGUGCUCAGAACAAGCAGGUGGACGAGAAUUCUUUGAUUUCAACCAAAGAAGAGCCCCCAGUUCUUGAAAGGGAGGCUCCAUUUUUGGAGGGGCCUUUGGCUCAGUCAGAACUUGGAGGUGGACAUGCUGAGUUGCCACAGCUGACCUUGUCUGUACCUGUGGCUCCGGAAGUCUCUCCACGGCCUGCCCUUGAGUCUGAGGAAUUGCUAGUUAAAACACCAGGAAAUUAUGAAAGUAAGCGUCAAAGAAAACCAACUAAGAAACUUCUUGAAUCCAAUGAUUUAGAUCCUGGAUUUAUGCCCAAGAAGGGUGACCUUGGCCUUUCUAAAAAGUGUUAUGAAGCUGGUCACUUGGAGAAUGGCAUUACUGAAUCUGGUGCUACAUCUCAUUUGAAAGAGUUUGGUGGAGGCACUGCCAAGAUAUUUGAUAAACCAAGGAAGCGAAAACGUCAGAGACAUAUUACAGCCAAGGCACAGUGUAAAAAAGUGAGAAAUGACGACUCAUCCAAAGAGACUCCCAGCUCAGAGGGAGAACUAAUGACACACAGGACGACCGGAAGCCCCAAGGAGACUGUUGAGGAGGGUGUAGAACAAGACCCUGGGAUGCCUGCCUCUAAAAGAAUGCAGGGUGAACGCGGUGGAGGAGCUGCACUCAAGGAGAAUGUUUGCCAGAACUGUGAGAAAGUGGGUGAGCUGCUGUUGUGUGAGGCUCAGUGCUGUGGGGCUUUCCACCUGGAGUGCCUUGGAUUAACUGAAAUGCCAAGAGGAAAAUUUAUCUGCAAUGAAUGUCGCACAGGAAUCCAUACCUGUUUUGUAUGUAAAGAGAAUGGAGAAGAUGUCAAAAGGUGCCUUCUGCCCUUGUGUGGAAAGUUUUACCAUGAAGAAUGUGUCCAGAAGUAUCCACCCACUGUCAUGCAAAACAAAGGCUUCCGGUGCUCCCUCCACAUCUGUAUAACCUGCCAUGCUGCUAAUCCAGCCAGUGUGUCUGCAUCAAAAGGUCGCCUCAUGCGCUGUGUCCGCUGCCCCGUGGCAUACCAUGCCAAUGACUUCUGCCUGGCUGCUGGGUCAAAGAUCCUGGCGUCCAAUAGUAUCAUCUGUCCUAAUCACUUCACCCCUAGGCGGGGUUGCCGAAAUCAUGAGCAUGUUAACGUUAGCUGGUGUUUUGUGUGCUCAGAAGGAGGCAGCCUUCUGUGCUGUGAUUCUUGCCCUGCUGCUUUUCAUCGUGAAUGUCUGAACAUUGAUAUCCCUGAAGGAAACUGGUAUUGCAAUGAUUGUAAGGCAGGAAAAAAGCCACACUACAGAGAGAUUGUCUGGGUAAAAGUUGGGCGAUACAGGUGGUGGCCAGCUGAGAUUUGCCAUCCUCGAGCUGUUCCUUCCAACAUCGAUAAGAUGAGACAUGAUGUGGGCGAGUUCCCUGUCCUCUUCUUUGGGUCUAAUGACUAUCUGUGGACUCACCAGGCCCGAGUCUUCCCUUACAUGGAGGGGGAUGUGAGCAGCAAGGAUAAGAUGGGCAAAGGAGUAGAUGGGACAUAUAAAAAAGCUCUUCAGGAAGCUGCAGCAAGGUUUGAGGAGUUAAAGGCCCAAAAAGAGCUAAGACAGCUACAAGAAGACCGAAAGAAUGAUAAGAAGCCACCACCUUAUAAACAUAUCAAGGUGAACCGUCCCAUUGGCAGGGUACAGAUCUUCACUGCAGACUUGUCUGAGAUUCCCCGGUGCAACUGUAAAGCUACUGAUGAGAACCCCUGCGGGAUAGAUUCCGAAUGCAUCAACCGCAUGCUGCUCUACGAGUGCCACCCCACGGUGUGCCCUGCUGGGGGGCGCUGUCAGAACCAGUGCUUCUCCAAGCGCCAGUAUCCAGACGUGGAAAUUUUCCGCACAUUACAGAGGGGCUGGGGUCUGCGGACAAAAACAGAUAUUAAAAAGGGUGAAUUUGUGAAUGAGUAUGUGGGUGAGCUAAUAGAUGAAGAAGAAUGCAGAGCUCGAAUCCGGUAUGCCCAAGAACACGAUAUCACUAAUUUCUAUAUGCUCACCCUAGACAAAGACCGAAUCAUUGAUGCUGGUCCCAAAGGAAACUAUGCUCGAUUCAUGAAUCAUUGCUGCCAGCCCAACUGUGAAACACAGAAGUGGUCUGUAAAUGGAGACACCCGUGUUGGCCUUUUUGCCCUGAGUGACAUUAAAGCAGGCACUGAACUUACCUUCAACUACAACCUCGAAUGCCUUGGAAAUGGAAAGACCGUUUGCAAAUGUGGAGCCCCGAACUGCAGUGGCUUCUUGGGUGUUAGGCCAAAGAAUCAACCGAUUGCCACAGAAGAAAAGUCAAAGAAAUUCAAGAAGAAGCAACAGGGGAAGCGCAGGACGCAGGGUGAAAUCACUAAGGAGCGAGAGGAUGAGUGUUUCAGCUGCGGGGAUGCUGGCCAGCUUGUCUCCUGCAAAAAGCCUGGCUGCCCAAAAGUCUACCAUGCGGACUGUCUCAAUCUAACCAAGCGACCAGCAGGGAAAUGGGAGUGUCCUUGGCAUCAGUGUGACAUCUGUGGGAAGGAAGCAGCCUCGUUCUGUGAGAUGUGCCCCAGCUCCUUUUGCAAGCAACAUCGAGAAGGGAUGCUUUUCAUUUCCAAACUGGAUGGGCGUUUGUCUUGUACUGAGCACGACCCCUGUGGGCCCAACCCUCUGGAACCAGGGGAGAUCCGUGAGUAUGUGCCUCCCCCCGUACCGCUGCCUGCAGGCCCAAGCACUCACCCGGCAGAGCCAUCAUCAGGAGUGGCUGCUCAGGGGCCCAAGAUGUCAGAUAAGCCACCUGUUGACACUAACCAGACGCUGUCACUCUCCAAAAAAGCUCUGGCAGGAACUUGUCAGAGGCCACUGCUACCUGAAAGACCUCUUGAGAGAACUGACUCCAGGCCCCAGCCUUUAGGUAGGGUCAGAGACCUUGCUGGGUCGGGGACCAAAGCCCAAUCCUUGAUACCCAGCCAGAGGCCACUGGACAGGCCACCUGCCAUGGCAGGACCAAGACCCCAGCUAUCUGACAAACCCGCUCCAGUGACCGGCCCAAGCUCCUCACCCUCAGUCAUUUCCCAACCACUGGAAAGACCUCUGGGGACAGCUGACCCAAGGCCGGAUAAAUCCAUAGGUGCUGCCAGCUCAAGGCCCCAGUCACUGGAGAAAACCCCAGUCCCCACUGGCCUGAGACUUCCACCGCCAGACAGACUGCUAAUCCCCAGCAGUCCCAAACCCCAGACUUCAGACAGGCUCCCAGACAAAUCCCAUGCCUCUUUGUCCCAGAGACUCCCACCUCCUGAGAAAGUACUAUCAGCUGUGGUCCAGAGCUUGGUAGCAAAAGAAAAGGCACUGAGGCCUGUGGACCAGAAUACUCAGUCAAAAAAUAGAGCUGCUUUGGUGAUGGAUCUCAUAGAUCUAACUCCUCGCCAGAAGGAGCGAGCAUCUUCUCCUCAUGAGGUCAUAGCACAGGCUGAUGAGAAGAUGCCGGCAUUGGAGUCGAGCUCAUGGCCUGCCAGCAAAGGCCUGGGGCAUAUGCCGCGAGCUGCUGAGAAAGGCAUGUCAGAGUCUCGUCUUCAGCCAUCUGGGAAAACAUCGGCCCCUUCAGAGCACCCGUGGCAAGCUGUUAAAUCACUCACGCAGGCCAGACUGCUUUCUCAGCCUCCCGCCAAGGCCUUUCUGUAUGAGCCAGCAACCCAGGCCUCAGGAAGAGCUCCUGCAGGGGCCGAGCAGACCCCAGGGCCUCCUCUCCAGCCCUCGGGCCUCGGGAAGCAGGCGAAGCAGAUGGUCGGAGGCCACCAACUACCUGGACUUGCUGCCAAGAGUGGGCAAUCCUAUAGGUCUCUCGGGAAGGCCCCAGUCUCCCUCCCCACUGAAGAGAAGAAGUUGGCAGCCACAGAGCAGAGUCCCUGGGGCUUGGGAAAAGCCUCACCAGGGGCAGGGCUCUGGCCCAUAGUGGCUGGACAGACACUGGCACAGUCUUGCUGGUCCGCUGGGAGCACACAGACUUUGGCACAGACUUGCUGGUCUCUUGGAAGAGGGCAAGACCCAAAACCAGAGCAGAAUACACUUCCAGCUCUUAACCAGGCUCCUUCCAGUCACAAGUGCGCAGAGUCAGAACAGAAGUAAUACCAGUAAAUGUCACAUGAACAGACGUGCUGCCCCCAGGGUACCAUUUGGGGAGGGGAAAUCUUCUUUUCUUUCUUUUUCCCCCCUUAAAAAACAGAUCUACCCCACACUUUCCCACUGUUAUUCUUUCCUUAUAUCCCAACACUCAGAACUCUUGUGAUAUUAGCCAGUGGGGGUUUGUGGUUGUGUGAACCAUGUAUGAAAAUCCAAGUGGCCCCAGCCAAGGAGACAGACAGACUUGGGUCUCUUUUCCCUAACUUUUUACACAUGAUCAACGUGAAAUAAAAAGUCCACUCUGGAGUCAAGCAUGGAAUUCAAUUCCGCUGCUCAGGUUGGAAGGUAUGGGGGCUCUCAAAGCAAUUUCCCCAACCCGGCAGAGCCCCGCUGAGGGCACCUGUGGAACCCUUGGGAGUUAAUGAUCUUCAUUCAAAUCAGUGGCAAUUUCCUGAGCAUUCAUGUGUUCUAGGCCGGGUGCUAGUCACUGAUGAGAGAUACAGAGAUAAAUAAGGCCUAAUUCUUACGAGCCUAACAUGCCUGCCUGGGUUCCAAGGCUGUUUUUAAGAACCUUUGACCAGGAAAUAACAGGAAGUUCUGAGGGGCCCUGAGGCUCCAGACUCAUUUUGAAAUGUCCCUUGUGGCACCAGAAGUGGUUGUGUUGAGCAAGCGUCUCCUUGUUGGGGUGUCCCUGGGUGCUGUACGUGCACACAUGUUUAUACAGAGGCCUCCUCUGUGGACAGAAGGUGCUGCUUCAAAGCCACGUGGGGCUACUGGCUGGGGCAGUCACUGCUGCUGCGGUCUGGGCUCUGCAGAGUCUGAAGAUCUGACUUUGGAAGAGCAGGUGGUUAGCGGGAGCUGGGCUCUAUGGAAAUGUAGUUUUCCAGCAGUGGAAGAAGGCAAUUGGCAAGCUUAAUUUUCUUUUCCACCGGUUUUCCUCCUUUUACAUGAUCCUACCCUAUCCCCAUUCCCCCAAACACUCAGGUGCUUUCAGAUUUCAGAGUCUCGGGCAGUGGACAUAGGGAAUCUCCGGCAAGCUUGAGCUAGACACACCAGCUUCGGGAAGAGUCCCAGGUCCUGAUGGGAAAUUACUUUUCCCCGAUCCUUUGCCCUCCUGAGUAGAGGGUGUCCUCUUCCCCACCUCCCUGAGAAUUUUGGUGUGCUCUCUGUUGAGAACACCUGCCUGCUGACUUAGCUCAAAGGCGAGCCAGAACCCUUCUAAGACUGGCGAGACAUGUUGUUUAGAGCGAUGUCCAGGCUAAGAGAUGGCUCCUCAUAACUGCUGAUUAUCUGUUACUGCUGCCCUGAGCUGGGGCCCAAGGGCUGGGAAAUCUGUUGGUGCUACCCUGCCCUACCAUUCACCCAGCUCACUGACUGCCAACAGAAAGUGCUGUUUGGCUGAUUCCCUUCCCGUUUCCCACCCAUCCUUUGUCCUUAGACCAACGUUUACCUCUCUGCUUUGCCAACUUAGCAGCUUUAGCCAACAGGCCAUCCCUUGGCCCAAAGGUCUCCUGGCCAGUCUGUCUCAGUUACGUACAGCUUUUACAUCCUCAACAGGAUUCUGUAUCUGGUCCUGACGUCCUCAUCCCAAGUUCCUAUUGAGGUCACUCCCAUCACUUCCAAGGAGGGAACAAUAGUUGUUAUAGAAGCAUUUGCGCUUUAUAUAAAGAUUAAAAAUAGAAUCUGCUUUUAUUUCCCAAAGUCCGUCUCUGAAGUUGAGACACAUGAACUCAGGCAGAGGGGCGAGGCUGUCCCAAGUUUAGGGCCUAUCCCUGCAUUCACUGAGACCUCGGAAUCUCCUCUGUGAAUCCCACCUGCCUAGUUCUCCCCUUUCAUCCUCUCUCGCCACAUCGUCAAAGAGGAAAAACUCUUUGUUCAAAAGGAAGAGAAAACGUAAAGCAUCUUAUUUUCUUUUAAAAGAAUUUUAAACCAUGAAAAAACUAUUUUUAAAGAAAUUCACCCAGAACGUUAAAGUUCAUUAUAUUAAGUAUUUAUCAUGUGUGAGAAUAAUAAGUAUAUAACUGCAGCUAAUAGGUCCCUUUCCUUAAUCUCUUAGGUUGUAUAAGUAGGCCUUGCUUGGUGCCAGUCCUGUGCCCUUUUCUCUCCUGUCAUCUGUAGUUGUGAUCAGAAAAAGAUUUCUGCACUGCACUGUCAGAAUCUCCUUUCACUAUGUUGUGUGUUAAAUUACCGUAGUUCUUUGUUUCAUGAAAUAAACUGUGAAUUUUUGGGGUGGGUGGCGUGCAGGCUAUGUAAAAAUUUUAAGUGGAGAAGUUUGAUCCUGAAGUAGCUUCUCUGAAGUAGGCUUUGGUAGGUAAUUGACUUGACAGCGGUCUAGAUACGUCUCACAGGACAGGAUGGAGUGAGGGAAAGGGGGCUGUAAUUGGCUGCUUUGUGGUUUUGUUUUGGUUCUUUCCAUUCUCCACCAUUUACUGGAGGCUUCAUUCCAGACCUGCCUGGAAAAACAGCUUCUGAGCCAUAUUUGGUUUUGGGGGACAGUUCUUUAUCUGAAUGGAAGAACAGCCACACUUCUGUUCAGGGCCAUUGAAUGGAAACUAGACAUUUGAAUUAUUGGGCCCAGUGGUAGCAGAAUCUGGUACUAGACUAUUAAAAUCUUAAAAGCAGUCAUGAUCCAAUUAGAGGCAGAGUCAGAACAACCGUUGGGAAACGAAACUCUUGUAUGCAGGUGGGAAGUGACCUUGCCAGCCCCUGUGAGACUUCUCUUGAAGCCUCUAAUGAGACCCUUCAUCCAAGAGGGUGUGAAUUGCAGUUGAAAGGAAAUCUUUUAUCUUAGAAACUUCUGGUCCUUGUGUAGGAUGGUAUUUGUGUGUUCGGGGAAGUGUUUGAGGUCUUAAGAGUCUGCCUUGGAGCCAGCUCACCAGGAAGCAUUUUCCAUGGGCAAACGGAAAGGUUGAAAUGUCCCAUGGGUAGCUAUAAAACCAAUACCUCUCCUAGCCCUGUUAAGUCUGGAAAAAAAAUAUGGAAACUGUUGAAGUUUGUAUUCCGAGCCUCAUUUGCUUCUCUUGCUGGAGCCAACCCAGUCUAAUAGAAAAAUAACUGUCAUUGCUACAAAAGCAUCCAUGUCUGCUUUCCCCUAAAGUUACUGAGUUUGAGAUGACUUAAGUCACUGUAGUGUUCAUCCUUUUCUGAACUAAAUCCGUAUCUUUAGCAUUGAUGAAAAUAAUUUUAUUCUUCACAUCCUCCACCCAACACUAAGGUCAGGGCAUGAAGUUCCUAGCGAUCCUUUUUCCAGCUCAGCAUCAUCUGCUCACUGGAGCUGGACUCCCAGGUUGUAGUUAUAAUGUUGCCCUGGGAGAACAGAAUGGCAGGAAGGAAGUUUGGUCUUGGCAGCUUCACCCAUGAAGAGUAAGCAGGAGAGCAUGAAACUUGGAUGGGUUGUACCCUUAGCUCCUGUAAAGCAGGUUUUCUCCUAAGACUUUUUUAUAUUGUCAUCCUCUUGGGGUUUGUCAGCCAAGAGGUCAUAGGGGCCCAGGUAUCCUAAUCUCUCCAAGAUCAUGGCAGGAGAGGAGCUGCCUCAAGCCCCUUUUCCUGCUGAGUCACGCUUGAGCUGUCCAUGUGUUAGACAUUCCAGAUCAUUUAGAGCUAGGUAGCUGCUGCAUGAGACUUUCCUUGGCUGUAGCCAGGUAGCUCUCAGCUAAGCUUCCUAGGGCCAGUGCAGCAGGGCCAGAGGUUGCUGUAGUGUAAAUUAAAGUAAGAAUAGAUCAUUGUUUUGUACACAAAAAUGUAAUGAUGGUGCUAAUUUCAUGGUAUAAAUAAAGCACUGCCAAGGGUUAAGGGACUGGCAACUUAAGAAACCCGGGUUCCUGUUGGGGAGAAAGAUUUUUAUGAAGAAAGGUUUCUUUGAGGCUUUGUUAGAGAGAGAGUGGGGAGAAGACAGAGCCUCAGUGAAGCCUGCACCCAGCCCUGGAGUUAGCCCAGUGCAAUCUAGAGGUGGAAGAGAUCUUGUAUCCAGAUGAAGGUGGCUAUUGAGUUUCUUAGGGCUGGGGUCGGUCACCUUGUCUCUAGCCUCCGUCCACACUGCCUGGAACAGGUUGGUAGAGAGCUCUGGGCGCUGGGUCUCCCUCGGUGCCCUUUGGCCUGUCUCUACCUCUUCCACUCCCAUGGAAGCACCUCUAUUGCUUAUGAAGAUCAAGGGUAAUAUUUUCUAAGGAGGUGGAAAGAAUUUAUUUUAAUUAAAACUCUGCAUCCUUGGAAGAAGUAUUUCCUACCAACAUAAGCAAAGACAGCACAUGUUCAACUCUCGUGUGGUCCCUUCUCUAGAGCUGCUUUCCUGUGACUUUCAGAACAUCAGGCUAAUGAGGAGCUUUAGGUGUAAGGCCCUGGAAACUAAGGAAAGCUUGGUGGACAAGAGAAGAGCACAGGGAGCAGAAGCAGAAACGAAUGGUUCUGGUGCUUUAGACUUCCGGGGGCAGGGCGGGGCAGGGCAGGGCAGGGCAGGGCGGGGCAGGCCGUCCCCAGGUCUGAGGUGGGUGCUGCCUGUGUGCAUGUAGGUGAGGGUGCGCUGAAGCUGGGCGAGUGCAGCACACAGGAGCUCAUGGAAGAGCAACUUCCUAGGUCUUGGCAAAGAAACAAGCUGACAAUAGAGAUCUAUCUUUAUAUUUUUAAGAAAGGACUGUGGGGGAGGGGUGGUCAGCCAAGAUCCAUCAUUGUUUUUUUUUUUUGCCCCACCCCCAUAGAUUGUCAGCUGUAAGUGAAACUCCUAGUGAAAAAGAGGGGAGCCCUGUGCUAGGAGUCCCCAUAAACAUGUACUGUAAUUCUUUGUAUAUAGAAAAAAAUUACUGUAAAGUAAAGUUUAACUUUACUCAUA